GUUGUCUGUCUGCUACAGAGGUGUGAAAAUGUAUCAGGGCUUUCUUUCUUUUUUUUUCACCACAUCUAAUCCAGCUCCAGCAGAGAAAGAGAUCUGACUGGUGAAAUUAACUCACAUUGCACAGGGAUCACAAUCAGCUCACACCCUGUGUUUGAAACGUCUGUGGUUUGAAGUUGCUCCUCCUAUUUUUUUUUGUUGAGGUUUUACAAAUUGUCUGCCUGUUGUGAAACCACACCCUCACCUGUGUGGCGUGUCUACACCGCACCUAGUUUCCCCUCUUGACUGCUGAGACACGCUUGGGAAUGGCAUUUCAAUGGCAGCCAAUUUAGUGGAAAAUGGUCAGAAAGAAAUGCUCCAGUGUUUCCCCACAAACCUCUCUCUGACAACCGGCAGAUAGAGGAAAAAAAACAAAAACAUGAGAGACACAGGAGGAGAAGGAGACGGAGGUGGAGGAGACAAAAUCAGUAAAUCUGAGAAGGACCAGAGUUGGAUCCCCAAAAUCAUCAAGAAAAGAGUGUGCACCACCUUUGUCGAGGACUCGUUCAGUAAUGGCGCACUGUGUCAGUGUGGGGGUGCCAGAGAUGCCCAUGCCUCUGUGGCUCUCGGUGACUAUUUCAGCACGGCGAUUGUGAACCACUGGGACAGCGCCCAGCAUUCGUCUGAAUACCCAACUGAUGCCUUCGGAGAGCUGCAGUUCGCAGGAGCCAGCAAGAGGCACAGCUAUUACCUGCGUCUGUCAUGGGACACCCCUCCAUCUAUGGUCUACACCUUGAUGACAGCCCACUGGGGUCUCCCUUCACCCAACCUGGUGGUUUCUGUUGUGGGUGGAGAAGGCAGGACUAAGGUGAAGACCUGGGUGCGAGAGGUCCUCAGGCAGGGACUAGUGAAGGCCUCGCAAAGCACAGGCGCGUGGAUCCUGACAGCAGGCUUGCGUGAAGGCGUCGGUAGGUGUGUUGGCGAGGCAGUGAGAGAUCAUGCCACUGCGGCUUCGUCAGUCUCCCUCAACAAGGUGGUGGCGCUGGGCAUCGCGUCAUGGGGCCUCGUGCACAACCGGGACCAGCUGGUCAACCCUCAGGGCAGCUUUCCUGCUAAGUACUACGUCCAGAACCCGUCCCGAGACUCCUGCUGCCUGGACAACAACUACCAGGCCUUCCUGCUGGUGGACGAUGGGAGUGUGGGCCGCAGAGGAGGAGAGACGGGCUUCAGAGCCAAACUGGAGGACUACAUCUCCCACCAGCGCACAGGCAUAUGGGGCAGUGGCAGCAUUGACAUCCCUGUCCUUUGUAUGCUGGUAUCAGGGGAGGCCAGCAUGUUAGAGAGAGUGGAUCUUUCUCUGAAAAGCUCCAUGCCCUGGCUGGUGCUGGCUGGCUCAGGAGGCAUGGCUGACUUCCUGAGCGAUGUCCUGGAGAACCUGUCUUCAGCUCCUGUUGUCCAGUCUUCCGAUGAAGGCGACAGCGGGGCGGGUCCCAGUGUGGAUGUGAAAGACAGAGUGGCAGAACGGGUUAAGAAAUACUUUCCUGCGGAAGCGGAGACAGACAAACUCGUUGAACGGGCCCUGAGCAUCUACCAGAACAGAGACUUGAUUACAGUCUAUCAUGGGGAGCAAGAGGGACCAAAUGACUUCGACACAGUCCUGCUCAAGACAUUAGUGGGAGCGAGUAAGCAGCGUGCAUCAGUUGACGCCAGCCCUUACAAUGAAGAGCUGAAGCUCGCGGUCACGUGGAACAGGGUUGACAUUGCCAAGAGUGAACUCUUCAAUGGAGACAUUCACUGGAGGUAUGAAGACUUGGAGGACUCCAUGACGGAUGCUUUGGUCAAUGAUAAGCCCCAGUUUGUGCGGCUUUUCACUGAGAAUGGCUUGAACAUCCUGGACUACCUGACUGUCGGGAGGUUGGAAAGCCUCUAUCGCUCUGUGGCCGAUGGGACGCUGCUUUACCAGCUGCUUCAGCGCCGCCUGGUGGAACGUCUGGGAACUGCAGCCUCUGCACCUGCUUCAUCCAGCGUGGAAUCGCCUUCCAAAGUGGCAGCAGAGAACAUGCAGAGUGGACCAGUGAAGGAUAUCACCCUUUUUGAGGUGUCAGGAGUUCUUGAACUGUUAAUGGGAGAUGUCUGCCAGCCAUUUUACUAUGAUGCUUUGGGCUUAGAGAAGAUCUCAUCCAAAAGGAGAGCUCUCCGGCGUGCCAGUAAGCUGCUGCGUGGCGACUGCUUGUAUCGGGAGCGGCGCUGCCUCUUCCCCUGGGCUUCACUCUUCAUCUGGGCCGUCCUGCAGAACCGCAGUGAGAUGGCCACUUUCUUCUGGGAAAUGGCAGGCGAGUCAGUUCUGAGUGCUUUAAGUGGCUGUAAGAUACUGAGAGAGCUGUCCAAGCAUGAGGUGGAGACUGAAACCAAACUGUCCAUGAAGGAGCUGGCCCAGAGGUUUGAGAAUCUGGCACAUGAUGUCUUCAGCUCCUGCUAUCGGAGCAAUGAGAGUCGCUCCUUCACCCUGCUGAUCAGGAAAUCUCCAGUUUGGGGCGGCACCACCUGCCUACAGAUGGGAAUGGGAGCAGAUGCACGACUGUUCUUCAGCCACGAUGGAGUGCAGUCUCUGUUGUCUCAGAUCUGGUGGGGUGACAUGAAGAGGAACACUGAGGUGUGGAAGCUGCUGCUCACUUUCUUCUGCCCCCUCUUCUGCUACACCAACCUCAUCUCCUUCAGGAACCAAGAGGACCAGCAGCAAGAAGAGGAGGGGAAGCCUAGCGAGGACGGUCCAGGUCGGGACAGUGACAGCCUCUAUGGGACCACCGUCUUCUCCUUCUCUGACAUCAAGCACAUUGAGGCUGAUUCACAAGGACCGAUCACUCCCAGGACAGCCACCAUCAGAGGCGUGCCCCACCGCCGCCCACCACCGAAGCGUCCCUUCAUAGUGUCACGCUGGCGUCAGUUCUGGUUCGCGCCCGUCACCUCAUUUUUGGGCAACGUCCUGAUGUACUUCCUCUUCCUCCUGCUUUUCGCCUACGUGCUGUUGGUGGACUUCAAGCCGCCGCCGCCCGCUGGUCCGGCCAUCACUGAGUACGUGUUGUACUUCUGGGUGUUCACCAUCGUGUGUGAGGAGAUCCGAGAGACGUUCUUUUUAGGGACGAUGACCUGGCGUCAGAGGAUCAGAGUGUACAUUCAGGACGUGUGGAAUAAAUGUGACCUCACUGCUAUUAUACUGUUUGUCAUAGGAUUAAUCUGCAGGAUGUUUCACUGGUCAUACGAGUUCGGCCGGGACAUCCUGUGUGUUGACUACAUGGUCUUCACCCUUCGCCUCAUUCACAUUUUUGCCAUUCACAAGCAGCUGGGACCAAAAAUCAUCAUCGUGGGCAAGAUGAUGAAGGAUGUCUUCUUCUUCCUCUUCUUCCUGGGGGUGUGGCUCAUGGCAUACGGAGUCGCCAAUCAGGCUCUGAUUUACUCCUACGACCCUCGCCUCGAUCGCAUCUUUCGCAGGGUUUUCUACAGGCCCUACUUGCACAUCUUCGGACAGAUCCCCGUGGAGGAGAUGGAUGUGGGGAAAGAUUGGGAUAUGCCCUGCACAGACAACAUAACUUUGAUUGAGGGUGGUGCGGAGCCGUGCAGAACUCUGACCAGUAACUGGCUGGUGGUAAUUCUGCUGGUCAUUUAUCUCUUGGUCACCAACAUCCUUCUCAUCAACCUGCUCAUUGCCAUGUUUAGCUACACCUUCUCUGAAGUGCAGGCCAACAGCGACAUCUACUGGAAGUUCCAGCGCUACAACCUGAUUGUUCAGUACCACUCGCGUCCUUCCCUGGCUCCUCCUUUCAUCAUCCUCUCCCACAUCAACCUGUUUAUCAAGAGGACCAUCCGCAAGGUGCCCUCUGUCAAGAUCCACCACUUUGUAUUGCAGUUAAGAGGGAAAGCUGCUAACAGAUUAAUGACGUGGGAAACCAUCCAGAAGGAGGACUUCCUGACCGCUCAAAACAAGAUCCAGAAAAGCAGCGACUCAGAGAGACUCAAACGGAUGUCUGUCAAAGUGGAUGGUCUUGUUAAACAUCUGACUGAAAGCAGGGACUUUGAUCACAGACUGAGGGCUCUGGAGAACGAGAUGGAAUAUUGCUCAAACGCGCUCAGCUGGAUUGUGGACACUUUAGCUCAAGGCAGCACAUUCAAACCUCCUCGCCCGCCACCGACAGUACGAGAUGCUUUCCCCUGUUCUUCCAGUCUGACUUGAUUCAGCCAUGGGGGGAUGCUUUCACGUCACUCAGGACGACAGAAAUGAAGCACAUUCACUUGGCUUCCAUGCAACCCACCAACCAGUCAGACUAGUAACCACGGGACCCAAACUCACUGAACUGAAAACAAAAGUUAAAAAUCGUCACCACUCUUGACAGUAAAUGCUGUCUCAUUCAAACACCAAAGACAACUGCAUUGUAUUUGUAAUUAUGGCUGUUAAAUAAUGAGACUGGCUCAUGUUACUGAAAUCAUAGUACGCACGUGUAAACCCACAUCAGCCAAUGGGGAAGCAUAAACGACCCCUGGAAGUUUCAGUCAGCUGCAGUGUAGUGUGAUUGAAACAUAUUAGAUUAAAUCACAGAAGUAGCCUCACACAUCUCAUAUGUUUUAUGCCGUUUACAGCCAAAGCCACCAUGUCUUCACUGCUGUAGUUUUAAGUUGGAAUUUUAUGUAUUUUUAAAAAAAGUUUUAUUCUGAUAUGUUGUGAUACUGUUUACAUGGGUUAUAUAAAGCGCACAUAGUAACACUGUAUGUUCAGUUACACUAAAUGGUUGCUGACAUCAGCAUGUAUAAUGUAUUUGCACAUUAUUUUUCUGUUCAAUAAAUUGUAUCAUGAA